AUGGGUGACUAUGACUCCGAUGAAGAACAAUCCCAAUUGGAUAAAUUGAGAUACGCCAAGGUGCCAAAGGGUAUGCAUGUCAGUGGCUGGGAUGACGAUGCCGAUGAAUUGAUUGAGGAAGAUAAAAAUCCAGAGGCCACCUUGGAACGUAUGAUUUUAUGGGCUGUUAAUGAAAAGAAACACGACGAAAUACGUGAGAUUUUAAGACUGGACCCGGAAACUGUUUCCGCCGUUGACGACGACGGUUAUACCCCACUGCAUCGGGCGGCAUAUAAUAAUUUUACAGAUAUAGCAAAACUAUUACUGCAGUAUAAUGCCAAUCCGAAUGCCAAAACAAAAUUAGGAUGGACCCCUCUACAUUCGGCCUGUAAAUGGAGUCAUGCAGAAAGUGUUGCCCUGCUACUGCAACAUGGUGCUGAUGUUAAUGCUCAAUCAGAUGGUCAACAGACCCCGUUGCAUGUGGCAGCCACUGUAUCAAAUUGUCGUAAUACAGCAACGGCGUUGUUAAUGGAUCCUAAUAUCAAUGCGAGAUCUUUGAAUAAUUCCGAAGAAACAGCAGAAGAGAUUGCAAGGCGAACUGGUUUGUCGGCACCCCUAUUUGAAAUGGGUCAUUCAGCAUAUGAUGUGGAGACAGGAAUAAUAGAUUAAUUUU